AUGGAUAUGAUGAACCAAUUAAAGGAAGAUCUGAACACAAAACGUACUGAUGUGACAGUAGAAAUACUAGGUCGUGAAGCGAUCUUAUGAGUAGGCAUAUUCAUAAACUGGUAGGCGUGGAAAAGACUCCGAUGAACAUUUUAACAGUUUUAACUAUAACUCUUAUUAAGACGUAACGUGUGAGAAAUCUUAAAUUUUCACGUUUUCUAAUUGUUAUUUUAUCAGAUAAUUUAAGCGGACUGACACAGGAGAAAAAUUUCAAACUGACAUAACUGACAGAAGCUAAAUGGAGCUUAAUUAAGGCGUUAAAAAAGUUUAUAUCAUGUGACGUUUAAGAAAGUUUGUAGGGAUACGCUGCAUUCUGAACAAAUUGGAUCUAGUCUAACAGAUAUGAAUACCUCAACGCCUCACUAGAUGUAAAAAUCAUUUUACCGUUGGGAUGGAGACUGGAUAGGCAUAUUCGAGGCUAGGAAGGAAGUUGUUGCAUACGAUAUCUGUCAAAACGUACAAAAAAAGGGUUAGUGUCGGAAAUAAAUCCAAGUUUUAAUGCGUUCUAUGGAGACAAGCAACUUAUAUAGCUCAAUGUGAAAAAGCUGGGAUUUCUCCUAGAACAAAAAAAUAAUGUGCUUAUAAAAGAGACAGAAAAGCCUAAAGGCGAUGAAGCAAAUGCAAAGAAGACAGAACAAGGUGUUGAUGGUUUAACAUUUUGUCUCUCUUGUAGUAACUGGUACGUCAGUUGUUACGUAAGAUAUCAUUGAUGCCUCUUAUUUCUUGUGGGAGGGGAAGGUGUGGGGGGAGGGUGAUGACGAACGUUUUCAGCAUGGACUAACCACGAAUUUGUCAAAUGAAAAUCUGUCAGGAAUAUUUAAUUUAUUUUCAUUUUAGCUAAAGAGAACAUCGAGCCUCGCCCGUCAAUGUUAUCAUCUACAACCAGCGUCCCAACGAGUGAAACUUUUGUGCAGGACACCUGCCUGAGAAAAAGACAUAAAGGUGAUCAAAAUAAGGGAUUCUGUUGCGACAGCAAAACGGCUGAUCCGUUUUCCAUGUCUACCGCAGGUAACAGCAACGAAAUAACACACACAAAAAAUAAAGAAACAAAGUAAAAGGCAAAAUAUCUCUUGAAAAAAUUCUAAUCGCGGUCGCAUCUUUUUCAGAAAAAGGUGGCCCCAUCAGGCUCCAUCUAUCACCUCUCCCUCCCAUAUUUGCACGACUAUCUACAUCUGAAGUAGGUCGAGCUAAAAAGGAUGACAACUGGCUGGUUGGGAACAAUGGAAACUUUCUACCUUUCUCCCAAAAGGGUGAGUGAAAUUUCUAUGAAAACGCUACUUUCAUAUGUUUUCCAGUUAACUAUGAUAGUGGUCUGAGUUUUGAGGUUGUUGAUACCUUUCUUUCUUUGCAGCCGGUGGCUUAAAUUACGACCCAGAUGGAGCUGUGCAUGAAAGCCAUGUAGAAGAAAAAGAUGAAAAAUAUUUUGCAAUGAAAGAAAACUCAUCCUCCAAGGCGGAAAAGGUAUAAAAUGUUUAACAACAUGAUUCUCGAAAAAUCUUCCAAAACUCAGAGAAGAAGACAGCAUCAGCACUUCAAAGUUUUAAUGUUUCAUUGACUUUCAAUUUUUGUAGGCGGAGCUUGUCGAUCAAUAGAAGAAUACUACUCUAAGGGUAAUGAAAAGUCGGAUGAUGAGUCCUCUGUUAAGAAAAUGUCCCCUGUUAAGAAAGGCAACUCAUCCACUGCGGCGGAAAAAGGUAAGAAUUCUUUGAAAAUAUUUUGUCACAGUUUUCAUUCAGUAUGUUCCAUAUCAGUGAUAUCAGAAAAAAAUUUGUACCUGUGGAAUAACUAUAACGUUGUUCGAAAAUUUUGAAAACCCUGAAAAAGAGUUGUGUGUGUCUUUUUUUCUUCCUAUAUUGCCUUUGAAAAAUGUAACUCACUGGUGUAGUGGGAAACUUUUGAGAAAGUUUUAUCUCGCGGAUUAAUCAUAUGUUGUGUCUUCUCGUCUCUUUUUGUGGGUUUAGAAAAGUGCGCAUAGAUAUACUGGCAAAUUAGAUUUACCUGACCCAUUUAAAAAGUUAAGAGCGAGAGAAUAUAAUGUCUUGUCAAAAGUCGUCCCUGUUGGUUCAGCAAUUCAAAUUGUUUCACAAUGUUAGGAGGAAAGUUUUCGGUCACAAAAUCUUCCAAAACUUAGAGUAGAAGACAGUAUCAGCACGUCAGUUUUAAUGCAUUUCCAUUUUUGUAGCCGGUGCCUGUCGAUCGAUAGAAGAAAGCCAUCCGUCAUGUAAGACAAAUGAUAAAAAGUCCUCUGCUAAG